GCUCCAGUCAAUGUUACAACUGAAGUGAAGUCUGUUGAAAUGCACCAUGAAGCUCUUAGCGAGGCUCUUCCUGGAGACAACGUGGGCUUCAACGUCAAGAACGUGUCUGUUAAAGAUGUUCGUCGUGGCAAUGUGGCUGGUGACAGCAAAAAUGAUCCUCCAGUGGAAGCUGCAGGCUUCACAGCUCAGGUGAUUAUCCUGAACCAUCCUGGUCAGAUCAGUGCUGGUUAUGCACCUGUGCUGGAUUGCCACACAGCCCACAUUGCUUGCAAGUUUGCUGAGCUGAAAGAGAAGAUUGACCGUCAUUCUGGGAAAAAGCUGGAAGAUGGCCCCAAGUUCUUGAAAUCUGGUGAUGCUGCCAUCGUUGAUAUGGUCCCUGGCAAGCCCAUGUGUGUUGAGAGCUCCUCUGACCACCCUGCUCUGGGUCGUUUUGCUGUUCGUGAUAUGAGGCAGACUGUUGCUGUGGGUGUCAUCAAAGCAGUGGACAAGAAGGCAGCUGGAGCUGGCAAGGUUACCAAGUCUGCCCAGAAGGCUCAGGAGGCUAAAUGAAUAUUAUCCCCAGUACCUGCCACCCCAGUCUUAAUCAGUGGUGGAAGAACGGUCUCAGAACUGUUUGUCUCAAUUGGCCAUUUAAGUUUAAUAGUAAAAGACUGGUUAAUGAUAACAAUGCAUCGUAAAACCUUCCGAAGGAAAGGAAAAUGUUUUGUGGACCAUUUGUUUUUUUUGUGUGUGUGUGGCAGUUUAAGUUAUUACUUUUUAAAAUCAGUACUUUUUAAUGGAAACAACUUGACCAAAAAUCUGUCACAGAAUUUUGAGACCCAUUAAAAACAAAGUUUAAUGAGAAA